GCCAAGGACGGGGGAAAAGGUUCGACGCGCGGGAUCGGGUCUGCCGUCACCACCACCGGCUCCGCCCGCCCGCGUCGCUCUCCGGCCCCGUGCCGUCCCUACACCCGCACGCACGCACGCCCGUCCGCCCGCUCGCUCGCCGGAUUCCCAUCCUCCCCACCAUUCCUCCUCCUCUCCGGCCCCUCCAAUCCAAUCCUCCUCCCCGUCCCCCUCCCGCGGCCUCGUCUCGAUCCGGAAGGAAUCCCCCCCGCCGGCCGGCCGCCCUCCGAUUCUGCGCCCAACGCCCCAGCUUUGGAUUGGGGGCGUUUUGGAAUCCCUCGAGGCGUCUGUCUCGGCCCGAAAGAUCCAAUUCGGUUGGAUUUCUGCCCCCGAGCCGGAGGUGCCCGACCGGAGAGCGGCGCGGAGGGAGUUGAUGCCACCCGGCGAUGGAUCGCCGAGCCUUCAGGAGUAACUCGUGCAACGGCAAGAACCCGGCACCUCCGCCCUCGCCCACGGCGCCGGCGGCCGUGUCCCGGACGUCCUCGGCGCCGGUGGGGGGCUCCAAGGACAACGUCGGCGAGCGCAAGGCGCUGCUGCCGCGGCGUCCAGAGGGUGGCACGGCGCGCAAGGUAUACAGGGGCCCCAAGCGGCGGGUGCAGUGGAAGGACACCCAAGGGAAGAAGCUCGCCGAGGUCUUGGAAUUCCAGCCUAGUGAUUCAAGCGACUCGGAUGAUGACUACUUGGAUACUUGCAUAUGUUCAGUCAUGUAAAUACCUCGAUGCUGAAUCUCCGGUGCAUCUUGCGCAGGUGGAGGGUACUAGUGUUUAGCAAGAGCUGUAUCUUAAUGUUAUGCAUUGGCCUAACAGUCUUGUAUAGAAAAAGGUUCACUCCAACAGGCUCAAACUAUCUCAUAUAGUGCAAGUCAGGGCUGACUCUUAAGGGCUGCAACCUAGGAAGGACCGGCGAUGAAGUUGCGUCAGAAUUUUGAGAUAUCGCCACACAGAAGAUAGAAAGGAUAAACAAAGGGACGCCAAAGAAAGAAAGGGUUUCUGUUUUUUGGAUUGCGGCGUUCGCAGCAGCAGCCUUGCUCUUCCUGAUGAGUAACAUUAUGUGUGAUAAACAAAAUGUUGUUAGAAUCAGAUGCCGGCAUUUCUGCGUGGCUGGAAUUGCGGCCGAUUUUUUGUCAAUAGUAUCUGCCUCUUGGCAUGUUAACUUGCUAGCUGAUGUUCCCGUCUGUCUGAUGCUGUCAUCACACGCGUAAACAUUAUUCUUGCAUGACUUGAUGUGCAAUGGAUUCUUUAA